CUGUUAAUAUAUCCUUACGAGAUCGAGGCUGUAUUAUGGAAAAUAGCAAACAGCACAUGAGGAGGCUGAUAUAGUUCUGAAAUCAGAAUAACCCGCAAAUAUUUUAUUAGUAUAGUGUUAAAACAUGGGAAGUAGCAGUCGAUCCAGGUCACGCUCAAAAAGUCCAAUACAUCUGGACCGGUUCGGUAGAGUCAUUCCAAAAGGCAGGGAUAGAAGUCGUAGUCCUCGGCGGCACAGAGAGAGGCGGAGAAGUCCGCUUGUAAUACGUCUGCGAAGGUCAAGGUCACGUUCUAAAAGCCCUCGAAGGAAAUACAGGUCUAGGAGUCCUCGACGUUCAUCAUCAAGAAUUCGUAGAUACAGUCGGAGUAAAAGCAGAAGUAAAAGUCGCAGUCGAUCUCUCUCCAAGCAGAAAGAGAAAUCUCCAGGAAUACAUGGAUCCACCAACAUUCAGGAUGUGGAACUCAUGAAAUCUCGAGUUUUUAUCGGAAAUUUGCCGUAUGAAAAAGUUACUAAGGAAGAAUUGGAAGCUAUGUUUUCCAAAUAUGGAAAGAUUCUAGGUAUAUCCACACACGAACGAGGCUUUGGAUUUAUACAAUUUUCUAAGGAGGAGGAAGGGCUUGAAGCAGUGAAAAACGAAAACGGAGGUCUCCUAAAGGGCUUUAAAAUUGACAUAAAAAUGGCCCUGGAAGGCAGAAGAGGAGGAGGAGCAGGGAAACCGCCCCCUAGAUCUGGCCCCCGUGGGUCAUCACCAGGACCGUAUGCUGACAGAUUUGCUCCCCAAGCAGGCGGUAGAGAGGGGCACCCACCACCAACAGAGGACAGGUAUCCCCCACCAGCAGGAGUGAGACGUCCACCACCAGGAGCCCCAGUGGAAGCACGUGAACGCUCGCCCCUACGUGGUGACCCUUAUGAGGACAGAUACAGAGAUCCUUACAGGGACCCAGUACUACCCCCACCCAGAAGAGAUGAUCCAUAUUAUGCAGAUUCAUACAGACGACCACCACCUCCGGAUGACCCAUAUUUAGACAGGUACAGGGAUGAUCCGUACAGAUACAGACGGGAUCCGUAUGGUGAGCCCUAUAGGGACCCCUACUACAGAGAUUACUAUGAUGCCCCCAGGAAACCCCCACAACCUGCUGAUGUGGAGAUCAUCCUGCUCAAUAGCAAACUAAAGGGAUAUGGAGAAUUCAUUGAGAGAAAACUAGUUGCCAAGUCAAUGACGGCACUGGUGAGUGUCAUACCAGAGGAUCGCACCAUCCCUCAGAUGAUGGAGGAAGGCUCCAAAAGGGGACACCUGUUUGGUAUUGUCAUCAACAGUCAAAAUGAAGUCCAUCAGUCACUGACUCUCAAUAUCCUGCAUGGUACCCCACAAGAACACAGAAACAUGCCGGUAGAUGAUGCAUUAACUUUGGUUGGACGCAGCUUUGAAACCUACGUGCAAACAGCUCGAGAAAAAACCGCUGCGGCUGCACCUCCACCCGAGAGAGGUGCUCCUGCUGCUCCCCCUACUGCUAGAGCCCCACCCCCUUUUCUGCCCCCAGGACCUGACAUAACCUAUCUGUUAAACUUGCUAGCUGACAAUCGUCAGCUUACCAUAGAAGAAAUAGACAAAGUUAUAGGGUAUCUGAGGGAGAGAAGAGAUAAACUGUAUGAAACAGAGGGAAGACGGCCACCUGAUUCUGGAUAUAAUGUUGGCGACGUAAGGAAGGAAGACAACAGCCUGCAACAACAGCAACAGGAGCUUCAGGCCAAAAUCCUGAGUAUUCUUAAUGGUCCAGGCGAUUCUGGUGCACCUCAAGCCCCCAAACCCGGCCCAGGUUUAGGAAUGGGAAAUGGUGCCCCACCAGGGGGCAGUAGUCAAUCGGGGAUGUCAUCUUUAAUUAAUUUUGAUAAUCCACACGUACAGAAAGCCCUGGAUAACCUGAUUCAGAGUGGCCCAAAUUUGUUGAAAAAUAUCUCCUCAACACCAGGAAUUAAACCUGUGGGAGUGGGUAUCAUGAGUCGAGAGGGUGAACCCAUGAGACGUGAAGUUGGAGGAGGAGGAGGCUAUGGAGGUUUGGCUGGGAAUGCCCCCAUGCAACAGCAUGGUCAAGUCGGAGGUCAGGGGGGACUAGGAGGACUACAAGUCCAAAGGCCCAUGUAUGGGAGUGUACCUUCAGCUGCCCCUCCCAGACAGGGGGCCCCAGGGCAAGGAAUGAGGAGAUACUAAUCUUCUGACAGUAUUUCAUUGUCACAUCUCUUCAACGGUCUAGUAAUCAUGUCAUCAAGAAAAUGACUUCAAUCUUAUUCCAUUCAUCAUGCCUCAAUUUUAGCAAUAGAUGUCUCCUUAUUAGAAAGACGCCCAUCCACCCCUCAAUUUCAUGUUGUUUUAUCAUUCAUAUAUUUUAGUGUAAAUGUGUGUGUCCAUCAUCUACAUAUGGAGACGAUGUAAAAUGUGAAAUAAAAAUAUCAGAAUAGA